AUGACCUGCCUGAACGCGUUCCUGACCGCCCUGUUUGGCAAGGUCCUCUCAGCCUUCAUUUGGCUCGGCGUGUUCGCUUGGAAUGUGUACUUCGUCUGGCCGGGUUGGCCGCUUCUCAACCUGGCAAGCCGCGAGGACGUGUUCAAUCAAUUGGACAAGAUGGCGGAACAUGCCAAAUCUCUCAUCGAAGAAUUUGCGAAGUGCGCGGUUGGGGAUUCCAGGGCUGAGAUUAAGCGGCGUGUCAAGAGCGCCAACGAGCUCGCUCAGAAAAACAAGUGGAAGGCCGAGGUAACCCUUGAGGACAUAGAGAUCAAGACUGAACUCACUGAAGAGAUUGUCGAGAGAAAGAUGGACCUCCUCGUAGGCAAACAGGGUGAAAUGUUGAGAACGCCUGCGGCAAGGCAUACAAUCGCCUUGGAAACCGACAAGAUGGCACCAGUAUACGACGUGGAAUACGAUUUCCACCCAGACGGUACCGCAAUCCCUUACCUGGUUGAAGUCGAUUCCUCCUCAGGAGGUUCCAGCCCGAUCCUCCACCGACCUUCCGAUCUCGAAGAUGUCGACUAUUGGUUUCGACUCGAGUAUGCCGACUGGGAAUCGGCACUCAAUAAGGACCCAAAGACGCGUACCUCUUCAGCUCCACGACCUGUUGCUAGGAACAAGAGAUCAUGGAACGGAAGAGGCGAGAUGGAAAAGCGUGUUAAGAGGCAGAGGCUGGACCUCGAUGGAUCUUUCAAUACGGCUUGCCGCUACCAACGAGCCAUACAUCGCAGAGGCACAAACAAUCUGGCCCAUAAACACACCCACCAUAUUCUGGUUCCUGGGUACUACGGGAUGAGACCGAUGGUGAUCCGGGGAACUUCAAGGAACUCGCAGGGCAAUCACGCCUUCGCUCGCGCCGCCAAUUAUUUCAAGGAGCGCAUGCCCGGUCGCUUAGCGCAUGACAACCUCCCGAACAACCUCACCAGUCUUCCUCGCGCCCCGAGCUACGGCGGUGCCCUUUAUCAGCAGAAGGGAUAUCGUGUGCUGCGCGUGAAGGACGUCCUCCACGGCCGCACGCCUCCGGUCCUGUUGGUGGCGGUGCGAUGA